GUGUGGUAAAAGAGUAUAAAACAGGCAGUUUUCUCAGGAUUAUCAGAGAUACGUGCUUGCGUGAAGAAGAAGCAAACUCCUGGUUUUAAAACACUGGACUUGUCGGACGUUGUGUGCCCUGUGUGGACUUACACUGAGUCAAAAUGAUUCUUUCUUUGCUUGUGUUCACAGUUGUCGUUCUUAAGGUCAACAGUAUGACCCUUGAUCCUGGAACGAAGAAGUUCUCUUACGGAGUGGAGGCUGAGAGGCUAUGUAAAGCCUACAAGAAAGUGUGUCCGCUCUCCAAGAUCUGCGUCAUCCAACACUUGGUCUGGCCCAGGAAGAUGUCCUUCCCUGUCUGCGUCCAUGAACAGAAGAUCGAAGUGAAAUCCAAGGUCUGCGAGCUGGCACCGGCACCGGGAGUUUGCGGUGCCCGCUUCAGAAGAUGGUACUUCAACGUCCACGCCGGAAAGUGUUCCUGGUUUACCUACGGCGGCUGCGACGGCAACAUGAACAACUUCCGGAACGAAGAAGAAUGCAAACGUGUCUGCCUCCACGCCAACGCGUCGUCAGAAUCCCUCGUAACGUCUAACGCCAUUGUGAGCAUUCCUGCUGACCCAGCGUUGAGGAAGCCGGCUGUUCUUCCUCAUCCUGCACCAAUACCACUACAGAUGAAGGCAAGUGAUGCUAGAGAAGCUUUUGAGCUGGACACAGAAACGGAUGAGCAGAAACUGGAGAAGAAGAUGAAGAAGAGGGAAUAUAAAUUGAGGAGGAAGCACAGGAAAGGUAGGAAGGGGAGGAAGGGCAAGCGCCGAAGGGGGAGGAAGCACAACAUCACCGGACCAUACGCUGAACUGAGAGUGAGGAAGACGAGUUACAGAUCGGAGAAGGCGCAGAAUGACCAGGGAGAAGACAAGUUGGCCAAACGUAACAGGGAGAGGAAAAUCAGGAAAUACCGAAAGAGCAAGCCAUCAUUCUACAGGAACUUCAGACUGUUCAGGAUCCUUGCGAGUAAAGACAACCCUAUUGGCAUAUCCUUACGCUGAGAAUAAAGGUGUGACGUUUCUUUUUCGGACAUUGUGUCUAAAACCCAGUGCAAUGUGUCAAAGUCUUCCUUCCUUCACUCAAAUCAGAGAAAGACAGAGAACAAAACUCAUAACAAACAGUUCCCUUCCUAUAGCAACUACUAUCGUCUAAUACUGCAUCAAUAAUGUCACUGGUUCAGUUUGGUUGUAGGGAUGGGGGCCAGAUGACUAGUAACGUCUAAGGGAUGCCUUUGAGAGACCGACAUGAUACGUCAUAGUGUCAUCAAAGUAGCUGAAAGAUCAUGUGGGGCGAAGGAAACUGAAGACUUAAUGAAUAAUAGUAAC